CCACGUCAUAUGUUGUCUUUUACGAGUAGGAUAGGGAAAGGAAGAGAAAAGAAAACCCUGGUAAUCUAUGAACUAGGUCAAUAAAUACUAUGUUCCAAAUUUUAGAUUUGUUCGAAAUUUAUUUCUAAAUAUAAUAAAAUAGAAAUGUGAUUAUAUUGUUUAAAAUUGUAAUAUCUUUUUAGUAUUGUUUAAAAUAAAAUUAGCUAUUGGCUCUCAAAUUUUCAUAUCAUUUACUAUAUCAUGUUCAUUUUGUUGUCAAAGCUAGUUCAUUAAGCAUUUUUUUUUGUGUGUGUCAUUAUUUAACACGAAUAGUUUUUUUUACACACAAAGAGCAAAAAUAUUAUAUGAGAAUGUUGAAUAAUGACUAGCGAUAAAUCAUCGCCUCACUCGCCUCCUCGUUUCUACUUAUUCUCCGCCACCACUCUCUCCCUCCUUUGCUGCUACUCUCUCCCUCCUCUCUGUCUAGUGCUCUCUCAGAAUAAUUUGCAGAUAACAGUCGUCACCAAUCCCUUGAUUUCUGACUUCCUCGCCGCUUCUACUGCGUGCUCCGCUUGUCUCCCGCUGGUGCCUGGCACUAUCUCCCUCCCCUCUGACUCUUGCUCUCUCGUAAGAAUCCACAUAAGACGGCCGCCACCAUUCCCUCUAUCCGGCUCUUGCCUCUCAGGCUUCGCUCUCUGCUUCGAUUUGCGACUUUCCUCUCCGCCUCUACUGACCGCUCUUUGCUCCGCCUCCACGUCGAAUCAGCUGUGGAUGGACUUUGCAUGUCGGCGAGCUCCUCUCCUCAACCGUUGUGGUGUCAGCGUGAAUGAGAAGAUGGUGGAGUGAUGGCUAAUUUGAUGGCAGACGGCGAGGCGGUGGCGACCGCUAUGUGAGGUUGGAGAGGAUGGGUUGGCGGCCGCUGUGUGAGGCUAGGGUUUGGACAAGAUGGGGGUUGGUUGUGGUUGGGUGUUUCAAUGGGCUAGAGAGUGAUUGUGGGCUGGGUUUUAGUGGGCUAGGGUGGCUGUUUGCCUGGUUUUAGUGGGCUAAAGAGUGGCUGUGGGUUGGGUUGAGAUUUCAUUGGCCUGUGGGUAGGGCUCGAAGUUUGGUACCGAUAUUUGGGAUAUACCGAAUACCGUAUCGAAUUUGUCUAUAUUUGGUAUUACUGAAUGCAUGUAUUAUUAUUUGGGAUUGGGAUUGAGAUUGAAUUUUAAUUGUUAUUCGGUAUUAGAGAUUACGGGAUUGGGAUCAGUAUAUACCGAAAUACCGAUCAAUACCGAAAUAUAAGGUAGUGUGUAUU